CAGUCUCCUCCCAUUUCCUUCAGGUAAGUCGUUGCCAACAACCAUAACCUAUCUGCCUAGGGACUGACUACCUUAUUAUAUAUUGCCUUGAGUGCUAACGCGCGACAAUAGUAGGAGACACUGGUAAGACAGCAAACACAAACGACCCGCCCAUAAACUUGGCCCCCCCUCUGAAAGAUGGGAACUCUACGCUACUUGAAAUUGCGCCAUCCUAUAUCAAAGCGAUCAUGAACGCCGAGGAUAAUUCCUUCCCACGACUGGAGUGUCCAGCUCUUGAUACCUAUCGCUAUGAAUAUCUUCGCACGAUUAAUACAAGCACAUCAGGCUCUCGAACGCUACCGACAUAUUUCUUUGCGCUGGACCUUCAUCAAUGUGCCAACCUGCUUCCUCGGCUUAUAGGCUCGAUUGUGGAAAGUAUGCGCUUUCUUGGGCCUGAGAAUUGUGCCCUGUCGAUUGUGGAAGGUCGCUCAGAUGAUGGCACAUUUGAGAUUCUGAAGGUACUGCGCGCAGAGAUCGAGGGAAUUGGCGCGACGUAUUUCUUCAAUUCAAGCGACCUGGAACCCGGGGCACCCAAUCAGGACCGAAUCUGGACCCUGGCCGAACUCCGCAAUCAAGCACUUGAGCCAUUAAUACGACGCCCGGACCGGUACUCUCCUGACACCACUAUAGUGUUCCUCAACGACGUAUCUAUCUGUACGCAAGAUAUUCUGGAGCUGGUACAUCAACGUUUUUAUCAGAAGGCAGACAUGACUUGUGCAAUGGACUGGGUCUAUGUUGGGCAGGAUCCGACAUUUUAUGAUGUAUGGAUCGCAAGAGGCAUGACUGGUGAUUCAUUCUUCAAUAUCCCCGAGGAUGGAAACUGGAAUUCGGCGUGGAAUCUCUUUUGGAACGACCCCAAAGCUCAGGAACUACUUUAUGCUCACAAGCCGUUCCAAGUCUUCUCAUGCUGGAAUGGAGCAACGGCGUUUACAGCUAGACCGAUACUAGAACAGAAGAUUAGAUUUCGUGGUCCCACCAAGAAUGAAUGCUAUCAGGGUGAACCGAAGUUGUUUUGUAAGGAUAUGUGGCAUUGGGGAUAUGGAAAAAUUGCCGUGGUACCUACCAUCAAUCUUGAGUAUUCAGAUGAUGCGGCGCGAAAGAUCAAGGCUUUGAGGGGCUACGUAUCAGAUUGGGUGAACAAAGACGGAGAUGAUGAUGACCCUUCAAUGCUUAUCGAGUGGCAAACUAGCCCCCCAGCUCUGGUCAAGUGUAUGCCCUCAUAUUCUGACCAAAGCUGGCGGGCCUGGGAUGAGGCUUUGUGAAAAUUAUGAAUAACAGACUUUGUCCGAGAUUUUGGGGUCUAAGGGAGCGAUAUAAAAUAUCUGGGAAUAUACCGAGU